CCCAGCAAAGGGACCCUACCAGCUUCUAGCUCUCAGCCUGGGGGAGCGUGUGGGAAGCAAAGCCCAGACCUGCGGAGCAGAAAGCACCAGCUGCAGAGGCAAGGCCGGCAUGGCUCCCACUUUCAAACUUCAGUGUCACUUCAUUCUGAUCUGCCUGAUGGCUCUAAGAGGGGAGAGCCGGUACCUGGAGGUGAGCGAUUACCCGGGUGACCCAUCACACCUUCCUGUGCUGCGGGAAGCUGUGGACCACGACCCCUUCCUACUCUUCAGCGCCAACCUGAAGCGGGAGCUGCCAGGGGAGCAGCUGUACCGCCGCGCUAUGCGGUGCCUGGACAUGCUGAGCCUCCAGGGCCAGUUCACCUUCACCGCCGACCGGCCGCAGCUGCACUGCGCCGCCUUCUUCAUCGCAGAGCCCGAGGAGUUUAUCACCAUCCACUACGAACUGGUCUCCAUCGACUGUGAGAGCGGGGACUUCCUGAAGGUAUUUGAUGGUUGGAUUCUCAAGGGGGAGAAGUUCCCCAGUUCCCAGGAUCACCCUCUCCCCAUGACUGAGCGGUACAUAGAUUUCUGUGAGAGUGGUCUUAGCAGAAGGAGCGUCAGAUCCUCCCAGAACGUGGCCAUGAUCUUCUUCCGGGUCCAUGAACCAGGAAAUGGGUUCACAUUAACCAUAAAGACAGAUCCUAACCUCUUUCCCUGCAAUGUCAUCUCCCAGACCCCAAAUGGAAGGUUUACUCUGGUUGUGCCACAUAAGCAUCGCAACUGCAGCUUCUCCAUAAUUUAUCCUGUGGUGAUCAAAAUAUCUGAUCUCACCCUGGGACACUUAAAUGGUCUGCAAUUAAAGAAGUCCUCAGCAGGUUGUGUGGGAAUAGGAGACUUUGUGGAGCUGCUGGGAGGAACUGGAUUGGACCCUUCCAAGAUGAUGCCUUUAGCUGAUCUCUGCUAUCCUUUUCACGGCCCUGCCCAGAUGAAAAUUGGCUGUGACAACACGGUGGUGCGCAUGGUCUCCAGCGGAAAACAUGUAAAUCGUGUGACUUUUGAAUACCGCCAGCUGGAACCAUACGAACUGGAAAACCCGAAUGGAAACAGUAUCCAGGAAUUCUGUUUGUCUACUCUUUGAAUAACCAAGCCAAUGAUUUCCAUGCUGCUAGCUA